CAUCCUUAUUUAGGGGCGCGGCGGCGCGGGCGGCGCUUCAGAAGCAGCAGCGGCGGCGGGUGGGAGCUCGACCGCCCCCCCAUCCUUCUAAAACCCCUUAAAAUUGCAGCUAUGAACCCAAAUUGCGCUCGCUGCGGGAAAAUCGUGUAUCCCACGGAGAAGGUGAACUGCUUGGAUAAGUUCUGGCAUAAAGCAUGUUUCCACUGCGAGACCUGCAAGAUGACCCUAAACAUGAAAAACUACAAGGGCUACGAGAAGAAGCCGUAUUGCAACGCACACUACCCGAAGCAGUCCUUCACCAUGGUGGCAGACACCCCCGAGAACCUGCGCCUCAAGCAGCAGAGCGAGCUCCAGAGCCAGAUUCGCUACAAGGAGGAGUUUGAGAAGAACAAGGGGAAAGGCUUCAGCAUGGUGACCGACACCCCGGAGCUGCAGAGAAUCAAAAAGACUCAGGAUCAGAUCAGCAACAUAAAAUACCACGAAGAAUUCGAGAGGAGCAGGAUGGGCCCGGGCCCCAGCGAGGGUGCGGAGCUGGAGGGCAGGAACUCCCAGGAGAGCAGCAGUUACCGGAGACCGGCCGAGCAGCAGCAUCAGCCGCCUCACCUCGUCCAGCCCAGCACCCCAGUUUACCAGCAGCAGCCGCCACCAUCUCAGUGCUACGGCUACAAGGAGCCGGUGGCACCGGCCUCGACGCAGCGCAACGCUCCGUCUGGAGGGGGGAAGCGUUUCCGCGCCGUCUACGAUUACAACGCGGCCGAUGAGGAUGAAGUUUCCUUCCAGGACGGCGACACCAUCAUCAACGUGCAGCAGAUCGACGACGGGUGGAUGUACGGCACGGUGGAGCGCACGGGGGACACGGGGAUGCUCCCCGCCAACUACGUGGAGGCCAUUUGAGCCGCGGGAGGGGACGGGGCGGGGGUGACAGCCGAGCCCCCCACCCCGGCCGCGUGUGUGUGCGUCUCUGUGCCCCAGUUCCCUUCUCCCGCGUGCUCUGCCGGAGCCGCGUCCUGACAUCUCGGUUACUCUGUGUUUCUGCAGCCGCCUCUGGUUUCUCUUGCCAAUUUUAGCUUCGUUCUAGCUCUGUCGGGACCAAGGGACCGUCUGCGAGGGAUGGUGGGGGCUCGAGGGACCAAACCAGCUUUCCUGCUCCUCCGGGCUCCCUCCUCUCGAGCUCUCCGGGUAUUUUGUGGCUGGGGGAGCAGCCAGAGUCGCUGGGACCCAGCAAAGGGAGGAGGGGACCCCCUGUCAGGACCAAAUUCCCCCUGCGCUGGCGGGACGGGCAGAGGUGUCUUUUGGGGCGAGGCGAGGGAUGCUUGUUCCGCCUCGUCCCAUCGCUCCCCCGGCUCCUCUGCUCCGUUUUUCCGUCCCGUUUCACUCCCUUCAGCCCUCAAAACAGAAAAACGUUCGCGGUUUGAACCUUAAACAAAGUCUUUCUGGUGGGACGUGGAGCGGCUGCUCUGGGCCCCCCCGGAGCGGCUCCCGCUGCUGCCCUGUCCCGUGUCCCCUGGGAACGGAGCAGCCGCGGUUUUGCUUUGCCCGCCCGAUUCUGGCGAUUUGGGGGGACGUUGUGACACCCCCAUCUCACGUCCCCCCCGCAGCUCCGGCUUUUCGGUCUUUGGGAUGAUGUCUGGGGGGGUCCCCUGUGCCCCCCAUGCUCCCCAAAUUCACCCAGAACCUGCUGUUGCUGCUGCGGGGUUUUGGGGACCCUCCUGCUUGGAGGAUGCUCAGGGGGGCCGGGAGCUCAGCCCCCAUCCCUGCGCCUCUGUGAAACAUCCUCGGGUGCUGGGGACCGUCCCGGGUGCCCGUCCCCUCCGGCCACUCUGUCUCGAGGGGCAGCGACCAGAAUUUGGCACCCGAACCACCCCACACCCCUCGUCGGUCCCCAGCGACGGCGGCUUUUGGUGCCACCGCUGCCUCGGGGUCAUGUCAUGGACCAAAAUCUCCGAGUGCAUCCCCACCCCCUUCUCUUUCGGGUUCCAAAGGGGGUGGGCAGAGACAGAACUGGAAGCGCAUGGGGGGGAUGCUCUUCUCUGCCAAACAUGUGACAGGGACUGUGGCACCGCCGGCCCCUUGGGGCACAAACGGGACCCCCGGAGCAGCCGGGCUGGGUUUACGGGAUGAGAAUCCCGGUUGGUGCUAAACCGAGACUAAAACUAAACCCAAGCAGGAGAGAGGGGGCGGCAGGGCGGGGGGGGCGGCUCCUGCUCAUCCCCUUCAUCACCUUGUCUGGGAUCGAGGGGGAGUAUCAAUGUGAAUAAACUGGUUUUUAAUGGACCAAGUACCACGCGCAAUCACGUUUUGGUAUACAGACCUUUUUUAAUGCUACCUUGAAACCAUCGUCCUAAGGCUCCCCUGCCACCCCCUGCCCCUUCUCCCCCCACCACAGCAAACAAACCUCUUACUGCUUGAUUUCUUGCCUUUUUCUCUCGACUUAUGCACUUUUUUGCCUUUUUUUCAUAGCUGAAAAGCACCUAAACCUGUAUUUAAAGUAAAUAAAUAAAGUAGUUAAAAAUUAAAAGCUAAAUUGCUUCUCAUCACGUGUAAAAUAGACCUCGUCCACCCCGGCUUCCCCAGUUCCAGUGCUGAGCUUAGAAUGUGUUUCCUUCCGGAUCCGUCGCUUGAUUGGGGUUUGUCCUCGUGUCCCCGUUCCCGUCGGGUUGAGCACCCACCUCUUUAAGACAGAAAAGCAACAAAAAUCAUGUUAUAUUUGGCCUUUUUAACCGAACCAUCGAAUGGAACAAACCAACUGAUUCUCUUCCCGGGUUUACUCCAAUUCAAAAUAAAAGGAUAAUUUUUACCUGCC